UCUGGACGGUCGGGCAGAAAUAAUAUCCUGUCUUCUUCUGUGCCGAUUAAAAAAUGGAGACCUCGUGGUGACAAAAAUAAUGGUUUAAUUACAAGAUAUACGAAAGCUUAUGGUGCGAAUUAAUCCAAAAGUAGCCCUUAAAUUAUAAAAAGUUGUUCUCAAAAGUAUAGUAAGCUAAGAAUCAAUUAAAUCAGGCAGUAAAUCUGAAUCAAUGCGAGCUACAAACAAGUCAUUUUGAUGCAAAAAAAGGUCCGAAUCUGCCUGUCGUAACUUUCCUAAAGUCGGUGCAGUCAGUGUGCGUAAUUAGUGUAGUGUGUAAACUCUGUUAUUAUAAUUUGACUGAAUAUCUCUGAAAGAAAACACUGUUGGUUUUUUCUAAUUGUUUUUAUGAACUGGUUUUACGAUCUUGUGCGUAAAAGAUUGAAUAUGGUCAGAACCACGUGAAAUUUUUUACAAUUGUCUCAUAGGAAGGUUACAUACUUCUUCUGUUUUUAUGGAAACUACUGUCAGUUCACGACUAUCUUUGCUUGCUGCUGGAGCCAUAGACUUUUGUCCCAGUGAGAAUAAAAUAACGUCAUCAACGGAUUCUGACGGACGUUUAACUGCCAUAUUCACUCCAAAAGAUUUUCAGAAGCAUCUUGUUGAUCAAAACAAGAAUUCUUUAAAUAAUGGCUAUAUUACCUUAAAUGGAAAUAAAGAACAAUCUUUUGUUAAAGCUAAUGAGGAAAGGAUCAGAACAAGCAGUUAUAAUGGCAAAGUUGUAGAAGAUGGAAAAUCCUAUAUAACUUUAAAUGGAGAUAAAGGAAAAACAUUUGGAAAUCCACAUAAAGAUAAACUUGGGAAUAAUAAUUGCAAUGACAAAACUGCUAAAGAUGGAAAUGCCUACAUAACAUUAAAUGGAAAUAAAGAAAAAUGUCUAGUAGUUAAUGCCAACAAGGAAAAAAAUGUAACUAUCAACAGCUGUAAGGAGAGAGUUGUGGAAGAUGGUAUUCCCAUUCCAAAGCAAAUUAUUUAUUCUGGAAAGAUCCAAUUAAGUUGGAAGCAACCACGUAAGAUUGGUGCUGGUUUGGAGAAUAUGGGAAACACAUGUUUCAUGAAUACGGUUGUUCAAUGCCUAACCUACUGUCCACCUCUUGUCAACCAUCUUUUGUAUGAUUCUGAUCAUUCCUCAAAAUGCACUAUCACCGGAUUUUGUAUGAUGUGUGUUCUCCAUAGACACAUUAAAAGAGCUUUAGAUAACUCUAAUGAUGUCAUUAGGCCUACUGAAUUGUUUCAAAGACUAAGAACAAUAGCAAAGCACUUCCAACAUGGUCGACAGGAAGACGCUCAUGAAUAUCUUCGCUACGUGAUCGAUAAUUUGUGGCGGUCGUGUUUGUUGCAGAAUAAUUUUCAUUCCAAAUUAGACUCUGCUUCAAAAGAAACAACUAUUAUAAACCAAAUAUUUGGUGGAUAUCAUCGAAGUCAAGUAAUAUGUUCCAAAUGCAAAGAAAGAAGUAAUACUUUUGAUCAUUUCAUGGAUUUUAUAUUAGAUAUCAAGCAAAAUGUUCUCACACUAGAGGCUGCAUUGAAAAAGUUUAUUGAGCCUGAAAAUCUAGACAAUGAUAAUGCUUACAAAUGUCCUAAAUGCAAAAUGAAAGUUCAAGCUUGUAAGAGAUUCACUGUUCAUAAAGCGCCAAAUGUUGCAACCUUUCAGCUAAAGAGGUUUGAUUAUAAUAGGUCCUUCGGAGGGAAAAUAACAAAGCAGAUUACCUACCCUCAAAACCUUAAUCUUCGACCUUUUAUGUCUGACACGAAGGGUGAACCUGUGGUUUACCACUUAAAUGCUGUUUUAGUUCAUUCUGGGCCUACAUGUAAUUCUGGUCAUUACUACUGCUAUGUAAAGAAUUCUGAUGGUUCUUGGUACAUUAUGGAUGACCAAAGGGUGCAUCGUGUGGGCAUAAAUCAAGUUUUAAAUCAGAUUGCUUAUGUUUUGUUUUACAUUAAGGCUACUCCUACUGAAAGCUUUCCUUUAAAGAAGACAUUAGAAAAUGGUGUAGUGUGCAAAAAAAUUGGUUCAACAGUUUGUGACAGUAAGAAAAGUGAAAUUCCUUCCUCAAAACCAUUGAUUCAGAACAAUCAAUUCAGGCAAUCAAGCCCAAAACUGAAGCAGCCUACGUAUCCGACAGUUAAUCUCACUAAAAGAAAUGGACUUUCCCCUAAUGUGAAUAACCGUGAAAAAAUAGCAUUUGGAAUUCGUAAUCCAGCUUCUAAAUCUCAGGAAACUAACUCAACUCAUGUAAAUACCCCCAAAACUGAAAAUCAUCAAGCAGGAUUAGUGCCUUAUAUUGAAGAUUCUUCAGACUCCUCCUCAGAUGACAAUGCUAUAGUGAAAUUGAAUUCCAAUUCAGGCUCUAGUAAUAGUGCUGGUAGUAACUCUUUAAGUAGUGCUAAACCUGAGUGUGUUAGUAAUUUUAAUAUUAAGAGGAAACCAGCAUUAAAUGUGAAUAGGCUUUCAAACUCUGGUUCUUCUAGUUCUACCUCGUCUAAAGUCAUAGCUACUGAUGUUUGGACAGUAACUAAUGUACGAGCUGAUUCUCCCGGUGCUGAUUCAAAUUCUAGCGUCCACUCUACUACUGAUUGGCAUGUCACAUCCACAGACAAAGGAGGUUCUUCUGUUCCCAAAGUAGUGAAACAAGACUCUUCCGGUGAAGACGAGAAAUGUAAACCAGCCUGUAACUUGGUAUUUUCAUCAAACCAGACUGAUUCCACUCACAACGGUUUAAAUGAAAAUACCAAACAGCAUGAUUUUCGCAAGCAAGAAAGUAAACACGGAAAUGCGUUUUUUGCCAAGGAAGAAAACUGCAAAGAAAGCUCCACCCUUAAAAGGAAAUGUAGUGACUCUGAUCAGGAGAAUCCUACGAACUCCAAAUUUUGUAACGGUGAAGACCAACCUAGUUCUGUACCUAAAAAAAUUCAACAUGAAACGCACUUCGUGAACUCGGAUGGUCCCCCACACAAAAAGGUUAGGUGUGAAACUGACAUAAGAAAUGGACUUGUGAUUGAUUUAGUGAGUCCUAACAAAUGCUCUAAAAAGUUGUACAGCACCGAACUUGCAUCGCAAACUGCUGCUUCCCCUCAUAAAAGCUUCGAGUCACCCAAAAAAUCUGAUCUUGAAGAGACAAAGAAAGAAAGAAUAGAUGUUUCUAAGAAUAAUGUAAACUGCAGUAGUUCAUCCAACUCAAGCCCAGAAUAUGAAUGGGUUGAAAAAACUAAUGACAGUGUGGACCGUACGUUCAAAGGUAAUCACAGUUACGGUAAAGAUGAGAAAGCGCAUUUCCAAAGUUUGAAUGACAAAAAUAAAGGUCAAAAGUUUGAUGUUGCGAAGGAGCUCACUAAUAAUUCUAAAUAUUUUCUUGGUUCUUCUGUUCCUACCUGGAAUGGACAUAGUCGGCAUAAGGAAUUUGAUAACGAGAAAAGGAAAUCUUUUAGUGACUAUGAAGAUGAAUAUGACAGGGGAAAGGUAAGAAAAUUUAAGUCGAACAAUAGCUAUACACACUUUAGAGGACAUAAUCCAUUCCAAGAAUAUGGCAAAAGCUUCCGUGGUUAUAAUAAAUACGAAAAUCGACACUACCACGGAGGACGUCAAGAUAGAUUUUAUAACUCACAUCCAAAAUAUAAACACAAUUCUCACAAUAAUUAUCGAAAACAUUUCAAAGGAAAGUGACAAGAUUUAUGAAAACUCUUUUGUGUUGCAGGCAAAUUCAUCAUUCAACGUGGAACUGUUGUUUCCAGAAAUGCUAGUUCACUAAAUCUGUAAAAUGGAUUUUUUAUUAUUAUAAUAUAUAUAUAUUACUUUAUGGAUUUUCUGUUCAUUUCGGAUAUCGACUAUCUCAAUCCAGCCAGUAAAUGGUCAUAGCAAAUGCAUUUUAAACCUGAUCCCCUAACAGACUGUCGCUGUUGCCAAAAUGAAAUGUGCUUGCGCUUUUGGUUCUGACAUUGCAUUUUUUAUCUUCUGAGCAUAUGGGUAGAUUUGUAUAGAAUUUUUAAUGCUUUUCUCGUUGAGUUACGUAAGGAAAAGCAACCCUUUUGGAUUCUGAAUGCUCAGAUGGUUAAAUAGUGAUUUCCAAAGAUGAGUAACUAUAACUGAAGCAUAUUUUUUUCCUGUUUUUCUACAACAGUUGGGGUUGUAGCUUUUUUUUUUUUUUUUUUUUUUUUUUUUUUUUUUUUUUUUUUUUUUUUUGUAAUACUAUUUUUCUUUUGUUAUUAUUUUGUGAUCAUGUUGCAAAUUAUCUUUGAAUCUUCUUCUCUGAUGUAUCGAGUAGUGGACCAUAAAAAUUACUUUUGAAUGUUAGGCUGGUACAUUCAACAUAUUAAUAACUCUCUCUUGGUUACAAUUUUUAAAACUGUUUGAGAAUAUAACGUGUUGAGUAUUUUUAAAGUGAAUCACUUAUUUUACAGACAAAUUUCAAUGAACGGUUUUGUGUGUUUUUUUUUUUUUAAUGAUAUGAGUUAAACCGAUUAAAGAAUGUCAUGUAUUGUCUUAAAAAGGAUACAAAAACUAUUCUAAAUAUUGAUUUUUUCUUGAGCCUAUCCACUUCUAAUGUUUGCUUGCAUUCUAAUGAAAAAAUUUUAAUGUGUUGCUUAAAUUUUAAUGCAUUGUUUAGUAACUUUGUUAUUAUUAUACUGAUUUGUUUUUGCUCUGUUAAGUCGUAAAUUAUUUCCUGAAGCUCAUUGUUUGGAACUGCACCGAUCCAAAUUUACAGUAAAUUCAAAGCAUAUUUUUACUUAAAGGAUUAAAAAAUUGUGUAUUACUUAAAAUUUUAAAAUACAUGAUAAUCAGACAUAAAAAUAAACCUUUUCUUUAUAAUAAAACAUAAUAAAUAUAUAUACUUAUAUGUAUUAUUCAAUAAACACACUAUUAUUAUUAUUUUUUUUGUAUAUUUGAUUGUUUUAUUAUAAAUAUUUUUUUUUCCUGUCACUUCCUAUCCAAUGAAAUUAGCUUUUAUGUUAAAUCAGAUAAAUGGUGAUAUUAAUUAAUCUUGAUUUGAAUGUUCUUGUAGUUUUUGUUUUUUUGUUUACUCAACCUAAUAUGAUUCUAAAUUUUUUCUCACAUUUUUUUUUUUUUUAAAUUUUUUUUACAAAUUUCUCUGAAAAAAAUAUCAUAGUUAGAGGUGUCAAUUUCUACAGAUUUUAUGAUAUAACGAAUUUUAUCUUUGGUUACAGUAUUACACAAAAUCCAGCUUCUGAUUUUUCAGUAUUUUUAUUGAAUUAGUAAAAGAAAAAAAGGGUUUUGUUUAUUUGUAAAAAGGAAAAAAAAACUCCUGUAUGGAUGAGAAAACUUGUUCCAAUCUAAGAAUGUGCUGAAAGCCUUUUUUUUUUUUU